GUUCAUUUUCGUUCCUGUUCAUUCAGUUGUUAACGGUACUUCGAGUGGUGAUGUUUGCCGUCCUUAAUUCGAAUAAACACGGACAUAAUAAUUUAUGAUCAUCACAUAAUAUCAAGUGUUUCUCAGAGACGCUAUCUUAUCGCGUUCGGAUAAAUCGAUCAUGCUUAAUCAUUAGUGAACGUUGUGUGUGAUGUGAUAGUUGCCGAAAUAAUUUUGAUAUUUUGUACACGCGCGUAAUAAUUUUUCGAAAAUGCCUUCCGGACAACGGGAGACGUCGGUGUCCAUGCCAUUGACACCGACCGACUUGUAUUGGAGACGAAUCUUUAAUAAGUACGACAGAGACAACGACGGGCGUAUCUCCUACGUGGAACUGAAAGGCAUUAUAGAGUCCCGGGAGUACGACCAAGAUCUUCCCGACAAUGUGGUGGACAAGAUCAUGGUCCUCGCUGACAGCGACAACUCUGGUUACCUGGACUUCGCGGAGUUCGUGGCGAUGAUGCACAACCCCGACUUGAAGGCGGUGUUUGGUCACUUCGUCGCCCGCUACAUACAUUCGAUCAUACCGCAUCGGAAUCCUAUUGAUACUACAGGAACACGGCCAAGAACUUAUGUCGGACACCAAACUGCAGUUUUCCUUAUGCAAGAAACGACGACGUCGAAUAACGUAUACGAGACUGCAACGCCGGAUUUACCUCUAUUCCAAACGCCCCGUAGCAAAGCGUACUUCACAUACACAGACGGCACCUACGAGGAGGAGUACAGCUGCUGGCCUCCCGCCAUCUGCAUGAUCCUGAUCUCCCUGGUGGAGAUCGUGCUGUUCUGCUACGAUGCUGCCCAGGGGAACACUCAGGCUAAUGGUCCCAUUGCUCAAAUAUUCAUCUACAACCCGCAUAAGCGGCAGGAGGCGUGGCGGUUCGUCACUUACAUGUUGGUUCAUGUUGGCGUAGUGCAUUUACUAGUGAAUCUACUGGUUCAAUUAUUCCUCGGAGUACCACUAGAGAUGGUGCAUCGAUGGUGGCGUGUGACGCUGGUUUAUCUCGCUGGGGUCGCCGCCGGUUCGCUGGCAACCAGCCUCGCAGACCCGAAAGUCUACCUCGCAGGGGCUUCUGGAGGAGUGUACGCGCUGAUUGCAGCUCACGUGGCAACUAUUAUUAUGAACUGGGCUGAAAUGGAGUUCGCGAUAGUGCAGCUGUUAGUGUUUUUACUAUUGGCUGGAGUGGACGUCGGUACAGCUGUGUACGACAGAUACUGGAGGCAUUUAGACCAGCACAUCGGUUACGUCGCGCAUUUGGCCGGCGCUGUGGCUGGCCUUCUAGUCGGUAUUGGGGUACUCCGUAACUUGGAAAAGCGGAAGUGGGAAAAGCGUUUGUGGUGGGCGGCGGUGGUGUUGUACUUCGCCCUGAUGAUCGCCGGGAUCUUAGCCAACAUAUUCUGGACCGCCAGAUUUAAAUAAGCUGAAUGGGGUAAGGGUAGCCCAUAGGAUAACGUAUUGUAUGCAAUAGAAUCGGAGUUUGGGAUAAUUUGAAUAUAUUGACGGAAUAAUAGAGCCACUUGGGUUUUAAUAAAGAAAGAAAAUAUUUAUUUGUAACAAGCAAAAUUACAUAAUAAUAAAAAAAAUAUACUUAAAUUUGUUUGCUAGUCACAAAAGCGAGCCCAACUCAGCAUACUGAUAAAAACCAGCGCUAAUCAUCCGCUGGGCCGUUUUGUGAUGUUUUAAGGGUUUCUAGUUUCAUUUUUACCCCAAUUUAGGUGUUUCAUAAAUAUGGGGUAACAUUUUUAUUAGAAUUCUCUUCGUUAUUGAUUGUAUUACUGAUACAAGUGGCUUGUUUUAUUAUGUUAUGUCUUGCCUACAUGUAUUUGUUACCUAUUUCACUUGCCUUAUUUUUAUAAAAAGUUAAUAAUUUCAAAUUUACCCCAAACGGAACUUGAAUGAGUGUUGCUACACCAAAAUAUUUAGAACCAAAAUGAAAUUGGCAGUUUUUAUUUAAUACAGUGUUUUUGUUAGUUAUUUGUUUAAAAAAAAAAAUAUCUAAUUUUGAAAUAGAACCAUGAAAUUGAAAUUUUAAAAAUAAUAGUACAUAUUUGUUUUCAUUUGUUAUCAUGCAGUAAAUAACCACCAAAGUAUGAUCAAGUUAAAGCUAAUAAUCAUAAAUUAGCUAAUACAAGUUGUUUUCGAAACAUUUAAGUUUAUCGACCUUAUUUUAACCAAAACUUUUAACUAUUGGAAAAGACAUAAAAAAAAAUCCUAUAUAUUGUAUGUAUGUAAAUAUAUUCUGGUGUCAUAAAGGUUUGAAUGCUUUGGAGAUUGUAUUGUGGUUUAAUGUUCAAUAAGUAUGGAAUGUAAUGGAGGCAACGCACUUCGUAUUUGAGCCCAUAUUUGAAUUGUGACCAAUUUAAUAUUAUCUUUGUACAUAAAGAACACAAAGUUGAUAUUGCGUUGCGAAAAUGUGCAAAUAUUUUGACAAAUACACUACAUGUAGUAUCACCAUAAAUUAGGAAUGAGUACUUGUAAUAAGGCGCCUACUCCGAAUCAUAUUUGAGGGGAGGGGGGGUCUUUGCGGAUGGUUAUCUAUGAUUAUAAAAUAAUUUAAAGAUUAAAAUUAAAUUAUUUUUCGGAAUUUAUCGCGGUUUAAAUAUUUUAGUUUUCUUCCGACGUUUCCAAGACUGCAGGCUUCGUGGUCACGGGGGGGACUGAGGUGUUGUUCAUCCGCAAUGUCAAAGUUACUUGACUUACUUACUUACUUGACUUGAUUUAAACGAAGAAGGAAUCUUAUAAGUCUGCAAUAUAAAGAUUAUUGUUUAUCUGAGAAAUUUUUCGAAGUAAGAUGUUAAAAUAUCAUUUAAUCUAUAAACAUACUAAAACAUUCCUGUAAUUCCGAAGUAAUGACCAUAAUUAUGUUUUAUCGUAUUCACAGAAUAUGGACUUUUGUGAUAAAAAUAAUAAAUGUCAAAGUGUCGGAGUAAGCGCUUGCCUAAAUGUUACUAUUUCCUGAUUGCACAUGAGUGCCUCCACAAUUUUCUAUACAGUAUUUUGUAUCGUAGGCUUUGUGUGCCUUUUUUACAUAUUAUAUGUGUGUCUGUGUGUCUGUAUGCUAUAAUUGAAUAUUUUUGAUAAUACUGAAAUGUUUAAUAAUAGAUGUAUGUUUUUUAUGUAUUAAAAAAAAUUGUGGCAAGCUUAAAUUUCUUAAGUGUUACUGUAUGUAUAAAGUAUUUUUGUAGCUAUUUAAAUAGCAUUUUGUAAUGGUAUAAAGCGCCGUCCUACGUAAGUAUUGCCAUAAUAUUAUGUGUAAAUGUAUUUUAUAGGCGAUUUUUGUAAAAAUGGUAGAAUAUGUGAGAUAAUGUGGCAACAUCGGUGUAUAAUGUUAUUUGAAUGAAAAUAGAUUAUACAGAACGAUUUGUAUCAGGCCUCUGAAAAUAAAAUGUAUUCAAUUAAGUAUUAGAUCAGUGUUGCGAUUUAUUUGGUACUUUGGUAUUAAAUUAAAAGUAUUUUUGUAGUUAAAAUAUAAUAAUAUGGCCUCGGUGACAUUGUACCAAUUUUUAACAUUAUCUAAUUAUUGGUGCCUUAUUUUAAACAUUUUAGAACUUCGUCAAGUACUACUUAGUGUGUAAGUAAGCGAACUUUGAAAACUUCCUAUUUAUUAUAGAAUCUGCUGACGGUUAUUUUUUUUUAAAUAUUUUGUACUCUCGAAAUUUAAGUCACUAUUUUUAUACUGUGUACUAAUUCUUGUGAUGCAUUUACUAUACGCACAAAUCUAUAAAAAGUAAGAAAUAAAUAUAUUCAGUAGUAUUAUUAUCCUGUUUUUACGUCUAGUUUUACAUCUAAAUAUUCUUUUUUAUAUUCCAACCGUUAUAAACCUUUGAAAAACCAUUUAUUCUCCUUUAAUAACAUAAACAGUGGAAUGAAUAGGUUAAAAAAAAUCGGGAUCCAUCAAAAUGAUGAAGUUCUUCAACGGCGGAUUACAAUAAAUGAGCCAAAUCUUAAUUUUCGAUCCGAUCCCGAAAAUAAACCAAUCAAAACAAGUAAUUUGUAAGUAUAUCAAAAACUUUACUCUGAUUGGUCCAUUUUCGCGAUCGAUCGAAAAAAGAUAUUUGGAUCGUUUAUUGCGAUCGGCGGUUAAUCAGACAACUCUCUUAGUUUCUAGUGCUAUAUUUCAGUUUUAUUACCAUGUGAUAUAAUGAAAUAUUUAUGUAAAUGUUGUUUCUGUUGUAUGUUUGUAUGUGGAAUUUUUUGCGAGAGGAACUCACGUUUAGUUUUUCAAACAAUAUGAGUUUAAAUAUCCAUUUGUCCUACUAGUUUAUGCACAAAAUGUAAUUGAAAAAAAAAGUUCAAAAACACCUAAAAAUACAUUUCGAAAUAACCAAAAAAAAAUCUAUCUCAAAAAUUUCGGAGAAAAGUAUCCAUGUAUCAAAACAUUAUUAUAAAUGUCUUUAAUUUGUUAGUAUAAGGAAUGUAUGUGGAAUAAAUAAACAUGUGUUCAUUAAGUUUUAAUGUAUUAUAAAUUAUUUAUGUUAUACAUUUUGCUUUGGAAAUUUGCAAGAAAACACUUCAUAUGAGAUACAGUCUAAUUUGUUACACAAUUCAUUAUUAAUGUUAUGUGGCAUCAUUGUAGUUAAAACUUUAGUUUAUACCUUUUCCUGGUAUUCUGGCAACUGGAUCCUAAGGAAUUAUAUUUAAAAUUAUAAAUUGCGACAGGAAAUCCUUCUUGUUUUAUUCAAAUAUGAAAAUCGGAUAAGAUGCCACAUACUAUAUUGCAACUCUUAACCAUUUUCAAGUAAGAAUAAAUAUAUUAAAUAAUAGGUAAAUAUUGUACAUUUCUGUUUUGUAUGUAAUAAGGCUGUAUGGAUUGAGUUCCUUUCAUGUACCUUUAUGAAUAAUGUUAUUAUUUUUGAAACAAAAGAGGUGGUUUCCUCAUCAUCUUUCAGUUAAAAUAAACGCCAUUUUUAC